AUGGGCUCCGAAUAUCUCGUCAAUGUCUCUGUGUACGCGGUGGCCGGCCUGAAAGUGCCAGGAGAUGGCGCCGGCAUGCCAAAUCCCUUUGUGGAGGUCGAGUGCCUGGGAGAGAAGAGGUCGACGCAGGUUAUUAUGGGCGCCUCCGGCUGCACCUUCAACAACUUCUACAGCUUUUCCGCUCGCAUGAGCGAAGACGACUUCACGGGCGGCGAUGCCGUGGUGGCCGUGUACCACAAGAAGCGCAUGAUCCCCGGAGUCGGCGCCGACAACCUCGGCCGCAAGGAAGAAAAGCUGGGCCAAGUGACCUUCAGCUUAGAGAAAGUGUACCAUCAAGACGGGCACCUCGUGCCAAAGGACUGGUUUGUGAUUGUCCUGCCAGAUGACCCAGGCAAAGGCUGCGGUUACGUGGAGUUGUCCUUGGGCGCCUACGCUCCAGGCGACAUCGUGCCGCAGAGUCUGUCAGGAGGCGCCGACGAGGAUGAAGCAGCAGAGGUGCAGUCCAUCAAGACGCGGGUCGUCAAGCUUCCAACCAAGGAUGCAGCCAAGUCGCUCUUCCAGCUCACUGUGCAAGUCUUCCAGGCCGAACAGCUUCCCAUGCACAAGGGUGUUUUAUCGACCUCAUGCAGUCCAUACGUGCAAGUGGACUUCAAUGGCACAUCACAGCGCACACAAACUCAAAAGAAUAACAAUCCCAUCUGGAACGAGGAGGUGCAAGUGCCUUUCUCCAUGCCUGCCUGGGACAACAGCGUCAAUGUUGUCGUUAUGCACGAUGGCGGCCUGACCGGCAGCAAAAUAGAGCUUGGCGAGGUGACUCUGGACAUUGACGACUUGGCCAAUGGGAGCUUGGAGCCGACUUGGUUCUACUUCUACAAGGCGCCAGACGGCAAGAAGGAUGAAGAAAAGUCCGAGUUUGCCGGGCGGCUUCUGUUAGCGGCGCAAAUGGAGCGAACUGAGAAGCCGAUUUUGACGGUGAACCCUGGAUCCAUGGCUAACCCGCCCAAAGUCACGGCGGGAGUCGCAUGGAUCGACCUGUACAUGGUCUGCUUUGACAGCACGGACCAGCCAGAGGAGCUAUACGUGCAAUUUGAGCUGCCUCGCAUCAUGGAGUCCGAGCAGCCCCUCGUCUCAGCCCCGCCGGAUCCGGAGGGCCACGGCUUCGUUUGGAAGAAAGACGCCAUCCGCUUGGAGACGGGUGCCAACUUCUCCCUGCCUUCACCGGAGAACUGUGGGGAGUUCAUCAUCAGCGUCUUCGCCAAGUGGAAAAAGAAGGGGAUCAAACUUGGCGGAGGCAAAUACGAGCGGCACAUGUAUGCGCGCGUGCCCGCCAGCGAAGUCAGCGAGUGGGAACAGCAGCCUCAGUGGAGAGACAUGCGCAUGGUCAUCAAUGGCGGUGCAGAUGUAGGCAGUGCAGGCUUUCUGCUCUCGACCAUUUGCCUGGGUCCGGCUGAAGCAGCGCCCAAGAGGGAGAAAAAGAUGGCGAUCAAGUGGAAGGACUACUGCUUUCGCGCCAAGAUCUAUCAAGCUGUGAACUUGCCCGCCAAGGACGAGGAGGGCAGCUCGGACCCAUUGGUGGCGCUCAGCUUCGGUCCCGUGGUGAUGCGGACGACACAAAUCAUCACGCAGUGCAUCAACCCGAGCUGGAAUCAGAUCUUGGAGGAGAACGUGACGCUGCCAGACGAUGUGUCCUUACGGCCUGAUAUAUUGAUUACUCUUCUGGACAGCGAUGAAGGAUCCUUCGAGCCCAUGGUGCAGAUGAGGUAUAAGACCUCAGAGGAAGGUGCGCUGCCGACGGAAUGGAAGAAGUCCCCAAGGUGGUUUCAGCUGGAACCAGUGCCUGGGGGAGUUGCGACACAGGGGAAGCUGUUGGCAGCCUUUGAGCUGGUGCCCAAUCGCCAGGCCGGCGAGCCUAGGGGCAUGGACUCAAAGACGCGGAAGUGCCGCAUCGACUUUUUCGCCAUCGGCGCACGCCUGCGGCAUGAUAGUGGCAUAGAUGCUGAGAACCCGAUUCUGGAGGUCGCAUGGGGCAGGAAAGAGGACAAUCGCGCUAUGCCAAGGAAAGCAAAGUUGAUGGAGGACGACAUGUUUCAGGAGUACUUGGAGCUGAAGUUGCUGACAGAAGUCCCUGGGGAGAAGGAGCACACGGAUGGUCGCAACUCGUGCAAUCCGCAGGGCAAGACCGAGUACAAGCCAGUGGCCCACGCGGCGGUGCACCUCUCGCCCCACAUCCCCUGGGUGGAUCCUGACCGCCGCGCCCAGACGUGGCAGCAGUUCUCCUUCAAGCAUCAGGACGAGGACAAGGGCGAGCAGGUCGACUGCGACCUGGAGGAGGACUUGAUCUGCAAGCAGAUUGGCUGGGACGUGGACUCCAUCGAGGAGUCCAACGCCCGCAAGCUGGGAUUCAAGGAGUGCCUCGACUGGUAUGCGGUGGUUAACGAUGAGACCGAGGCUGCCUUCAUCAAGGACCAGAUUGCCCAGCUGGAAGGAGUGGAACAGCACCUUGCUGCACUUCAAUCGCAGCUGCUUGGCAUAGCAAAGAUUAGGUUGAGGCACAAGGUGCCAAGGUGCCUGCAGCAAUCCUGCACAGGCAUCGACCGGCACGCGGACUACGCAGCGCAGCUGGAGGAGCACCUGGAGCCCGAGAAGCCGCUCGUCGCCAUACCCGUGGGGACCGCAGGUGGCGGUUUUCUGGAAGCCACCGUGGCGCUUCAAGCGCAUUGGCUCAUCAGGAUGCUGUUCCUGGGCAGCGAGUGGGGCGAGCCCCGGAACCUCGGUAAGCUGAAGUUCUGCGUCCGCGUGGUGGAGUUGGACAAGGACGACAAACCAGUGCCUUCAGCUCAUGAAGAUAUGUCUCAGCAAGAAUGGGAAGAUCACAUCAAAAAGAUUCAGCGGCGCUUUGAGAAGUCGAAAGAUCUCGUGGUACGUGCGUACGUGCUCUCGGGCGAUGGCUUGCGGCCCCCCUCGGGCAGCUCUGACUGUAACAGCUAUGUUUGGAGCCGUGUGGAUGGAGGAGGUGCCGAGCAGAACCCAGUCUACAACCUCAAGGACAACCUCACAGUGCGGAAGCACACCCUCCACCCGCAGUUCAACAAGUGCCAUGCCUUCUCCUCCGUGAAAUUCCCGGAUCACUGCAUGAUGACCUUGUCACUGGUGGAGGUGGUGCCCGCUUCCUUCGGCUCUGCAGCCAAAGAGACGCAGGUCAUCGGCUCGACAGAGAUCGACCUGGAAGACAGGUGGUUCAAUUCCCACUACCAGGACAUGGUUCAGGAAGAUGAGGUUCCCAUUGAGUCGCGGCAUUUGCAGACAGCUGGCUCCAUCUUCAGCAAAGGAAGUCACAUCCGUCUAUGGCUGGACAUCAUGUACAACCAGACCCAGGGUGCAGAAUGUCCACCACCGUCAGCCUUUGCACAGGAGCGGCCCAUCGAGUGCUUGCCCUCCACAGACCCCUUGCCCUUCGAGCUGCGGCUGGCCGUGUUCAAGGUGGUGGAUAUCCUAUCGCCAGAGGGCAUUUCAGAGCCUUCGGUGAAGGCCAGUGGAAAAAUUACCUUGGAUGAUGGCACCGAACUCUACGAGGAGACAGAUACCCACUUUGGCUGCGAUGACGGCACUGCCACACUGAACUGGAGGCUGAAAUUCUCAGUGAUGAUCCCCUGCAAGCAGCCCAGGUUGACAGUUCAAAUCUGGAACGACAACAUGCUGGCAUCAGAUGAAGUGCUCUCAGAGGUGACGCUGGACUUCUCCAAGGAUUUCCUGAUUGCCCGGAAGCACAACCACAGCAUCGACUUUCCCAAGGGCUCGCUCUACAUGUACCACCCAGCCUUUCCUGGUGAGGUUCGAGGCGUCAUCGAUUGCGAGGCGAUGCUGCUCCCGUCGGACGAAGUCAGGGAGCGGCCGGCCGGCGCGGGACGGGAUGAGCCGAACCAGGACCCGUACUUGGACCCCAACGAUCCCCACCUCGUGGCGCACCGAAGCCGCAUUGCCAACAUGAAGAUCAUCAAGAAUGCCAAGGCAUUGGCUGGUGGCUUGCUCGCGGGCGCCCAGCUUUUACUGAUGCUGAAGAUCCUGGCCAUGGCGGGUAGCGGCAUCUUCGCGGCCAUCAUGUCCAUUCUCAUGGUGACGAAGUGA